ACGUAGUCGUUCUAGAUUGAUGGCGGCAGUCAUCUGACCGAAAAGUUUUCAAAGUGGAAAAUAAGUAUUUUUGUCUGCUGCUCCUUCAAGCGAAAUGAAUUAAUUUGAGCUAGCUAGGUUUGUAUGCGACUUGGCUAUUUACACACGAAAGAAGAGAAACAGUAAACGGACCAUGUAAUCAAGCGUACAAUCUGCUAGUCGUACAACUGCAAGCUAACUACCGGCAAAUCAUGUAGCUAGCUAACUAGCAACAGCUAGUAACUUCUAGCUAACGUUAGCUAGCUUGGACUACUAGCUCAAAGUUUGCUGCUCUGUUAGUUCAAGGUGGCUAGUGAGUGAUAUUUUUUCGCCAUAGUCUUGCAAUCGAACGUUAGCUAGCUAGCUAAGUUAGCUUCAUGGAAAGGUUUUAAUUGCCUCUGAACUCUUAACUAAUACCAGCUGUAACUAACAGUUAGCUACUCCUAUAUAUCAAAAUGUGUCGCUUACGGUACUGUGUCAGCCACUGUCUGCAUGCAGCGAUUACCAGACUGGAGGAGGUCAACGGAGAGGUCAACAUGUGGUCCUCUGUCAGAUGUCUAGGCUACCUGUCUGGUCUGCACCUGCUGGUGGCUCUCUGUCUGGGGCUCUAUGUGCGAUGGGAGAAGACUGAAGAACCCAUGAUCCUCAUCAUAUUUGUUCUGGCCCUGUUUGUCCUCGGGAUAGCAAGUAUACUGUACUAUUACUUCAGCAUGGAAAAAGUCAGCCUGAGCCUCCUCCACCUGUGGUUUGGCUUCCUGCUUGGCCUCCUGUGUUUCCUCAACAACCCGACUCUGGAGAGCAACAUCAAGGAGCAAGCCACCAACUACCUGCUGCUGGCCAGUGUUGUCUUGAGGACGCUGUGGGCUCUGCUGGAGAGGAUGUGCGGCUGCACCAGGUACCGCCCUGCCUUCCUCACCUCAGCAGAGGCCCUGGAGCUGGCAGGCUUUGCCAUCGCCAGUACUGCCUUACUCAUCCAGAAGUCCAUGAGCGUAGUGGUGCUUGUGGUGGCCCUAGCUACUCUGAUGGUGGCCCUGCGCAUGAAGGCUCUCCUGGCCCUGCCCAACCUGGUCUGCUUCUCCAUCAUCACCGCAGUGCUGUUUUUCAAGGCGCUGGGCAUCACCACCAACCCCUUCGCCCUCGCAUGUUUCUUCAGCCAGCUGAUUUGCGACCCCUUGCUGGAUGUGUACUUCAGUGGGCUGUCGGUGACCGAGCGCUGGCUGCCCUACCUUGCCUGGAGGGGGCUGUGGCACAGGAUGUCCCUCCUGCCUCUGCUGCUGGUGGAGGUGGGUUUCUGGGUCCUGGCAGCCCUGAAGCUGGUGGACCUGGACCAGUGGUACCUGAUGAUCCCGGGCUUCAUGCUAAGUGGGGUGUUCUGGGCCAUCUGUCACGUGGUGUUCAUCAUCACUCUGUGGGGCUUCCACACCAAGCUGAGUGACUGCCAGAGGGUGUGUCUGGCCCAGGGAUCCGGGAACAGUUGCCUAGACAAGGUUAUGGCCUCUAAAGGAGUCAGACACUUCUGUCUCAUCUCUGAACGCCUGGUGCUCUUCAGUCUGGUGUCCACCAUCAUCCUGGCUGCUUUAUCAUGGCAGUCCUCCAGUAGUAUCUUUAUGAGUAUGCUCCUGCUGGUCCUGGCUCUGGAGUCUCUGUUCCACGGCCUCUUCUAUGAGCUGGGGAACUGCCUAGGCGGCACAUGUGUGGGGUAUGCAGUGGUCAUCCCCACCAACUAUUGCAGUCCUGAUGGGCAGCCCACUCUGUUACCUCCGGACCAGGUACAUAUGUUGAACAUGCAUUCCACGGGCAUGUUGAACAGUAUACAGAGUUUUUUCUCCCACCACAUGAUCGAGACGUUCGGCUGCGACUACUCCACCAGCGGGGUGACUCUGGAAGCCCUACAGGUGAAGCUCAAGGCCUUCAUGGAGCUCUGCACAGCCGAUGGGCCUCGCCACGACACCUACGUGGUGUUCUACAGUGGACACACCCACCGCAGCGGGGAGUGGGCACUAGCAGGAGGGGGCACCCUUCAACUGGACCAGAUCCUGGAGUGGUGGAGAGAGAAGAACAGUGACUACUGCUCCCGCCUCAUCCUGGUCCUGGACAGUGAGAACUCCCUACCCUGGGUGAAGCAGGUGAGGAAGGUGGGGGGGCUUUAUGUGGCGGUGCAGGGGGCCCAGCUAGCCCGAGCCACGGAUGUCGAGCUCCAGGACGCCCCCCAGCUCGGGGACUUCACCUCCCAGUGGGUGGAGUACAACUGCAAUGUAGACAGCACCAUCCAGUGGUCGGAGAGGGGAAGGACGGUCACCGCCGCCUACGGCAUCUCCAAGCACUGGAGUGAUUACACACUGCACCUGCCCACAGAAAGUGAUGUCACCAAACACUGGAGGAUGUACUUCCCCAGGAUGACCUACCCCGUGGUCCAGUUAGCGCUCUGGUGCGGUGGGCUGAACCUGCUUUGGCUAUGCAGUGUCUGCCUACAGUGCCUCAAAAGGGUCAAACUCAACUGGUUCCCCCCAGCCAUACUAGACACUGGCCAAGGGUUCAAGCUGGUCAAAUCUUAGAAAUUCACCUCUGUAUGAAUCAUACUGACUAAGGCUUUUCCACUUUGUAUUUACACAUGUUUGUCACCGUACAGGAAUGUUUUCUAAAUCAGUUUUUGUAAUUGAUUGAUUGGUUGUGUGAGAUUGAUAGCUGAGUUUUUAGGACCCUCAGUGAAGGCAGCUGUUGAUUGUGAAACCUUAAAGGGAUACUUUGGGAUUUUGGCAAUGAGGCCAUUUAUCUACUUCCCCAGAGUCAGAUGAACUCAU